GAUGAUGAUGAUGAUGAUGAAAACAUAAGAGAAAUCCAUGCUCUAACACCACCACCACCGUACCACCCUCGUCGGAGAGAAACUUGGGAAACAGCAAGCCACAGAUCAUCAGCUCCGUCCGUAGCCACCACCGAAACCGAAAACUUCACCACAAUGAGUAGGGAGUUUAACGCCUUGGUACUUGCAGGAAACGACAUCGAUGUUAACGAACACAACGAGCCAACUAACUUGGAGAGGAUUAGAGAGGAAGAAACCAACCCGUUGGCGAUCGUUGCCGAUAAUAACCCCAGGGUGGCGUCUCCGACUAGACGUGAUGGUGGCGGCGGCGGUGGUGGUGGUGGGAUGAGUUUGAUUAGCACCGGUGGUGGUGGUGGUGGUGGAGGUGGCGAUAGUGAUGGGUCGUCGGUGCAGAGGGUGAAGAAAGAGGAGGUGGAAUCGAAGAUAUCGGCAUGGCAGAACGCUAAGAUCGCAAAGAUCAACAACCGUUUCAAGCGGGACGAUGCGAUCAUUAAUGGGUGGGAGAGAGAACAGGUUCAGAAGUCCACUUCAUGGAUGAAAAAAGUUGAGAGGAAGUUGGAGGAAAAACGAGCAAAAGCAAUGGAGAAGAUGCAAAAUGAUGUGGCAAAAGCGAGAAGAAAAGCAGAGGAAAGACGAGCAACAGCAGAGGCCAAAAGGGGAACCAAAGUGGCUAGGGUUUUGGAAAUAGCCAGCUUGAUGAGAGCUGUUGGUCGAGCUCCUACAAAACGCUCUUUCUUCUAAUCUUGUUAUAUCAUAAAGUGGAAAAGUAAAAGAACAACAAAGUGAUUUAGGUUUCAAUAAUAUGUGCCUCAGUCUUAUGGCAUUUCAUUGUUUUUUGGAUUAAAGGAAACCCAUAUUAAGGGUUAAGGGAAGUCUAAACACGGUGUACCCUAAAAAUACAACCCUGGAGGUACAUUGAUAUCUGUUUGGGUCGAUAUGCAAUAGUGAACACCUAGUAUCUGUGUCAUAACAUCAUCAGAAAGUUUGUGAUUGAGAUAAUGUUUUGUACAGUUUUUUUUCC